GGAUCCCAAAUCUCAAAUGUCUCUCCGCGUAUGUAAAGCCGAUCGAAAACAGAGGAAAGAAGCUAAGCAGGUGUGCAGAGCAGUGCGAUUGAAUGGGCAUUUGGUUCCAACUGUAAUAACAGAAAAAAUAACCGUCUCUUCAUGUAGAUGUAGAGAAGAGAAGUAGAAAUAAUAGAGCAAAGAACACUUGAGUACGAAGAGGAUAAAGGAGGAGUUAAAGGUUCGGAUCCAUCGAGAUCCGGGUGGGAAUGGCGGAGUUGUUACAGGAGUCGGGUUGGGAGGAACUCAGGAAGGAGGCUCGCAAGAUCGAGGGCGAUCUCGACGUCAAGCUCUCUUCCUAUGCUAAACUGGGCGCCAGAUUGACUCAAGGAGGUUAUGUCGAUAGCGGGUCACCAACUGUUGGAUCCGGCAGGUCAUGGAAGUCCAUGGAAAUGGAAAUUCAAUCUUUGCUUGAGAAAUUACUGGAUACCAAUGAUGCUAUGAGUCGAUGUGCUGCAUCUGCUGCACCUACUACUUCAGUUACCCAAAAGCUUGCAAGGCACAGGGACAUACUUCACGAGUUUACCCAGGAAUUUAGACGAACCAAGGGGAAUAUAAACUCAAUGAGAGAACAUGCUGAGCUUCUCAGUUCUGUAAGAGAUGAUAUCAGUGAGUACAAGGCAUCUGGUAGUAUGUCUCCAAGAAUGCAGUUACUACGGGAGAGAGCUGCCAUACAUGGAAGCAUUGCUCAUAUGGAUGAUGUGAUUAGUCAAGCUCAAUCUACAAGGGCAGCCUUGGGUUCACAGAGGGCUUUUUUUGGUGAUGUUCAAGGGAAAGUGAAGCUACUAAGCGAUAAAUUUCCUAUUAUACGUGGUUUACUUGGUUCAAUUAGGAGAAAGCGAUCAAGAGAUACUCUCAUUCUGUCUGCCGUCAUUGCAGCUUGUACAUUAUUUCUUAUUAUUUAUUGGCUUUCGAAAUAACUUUGUCCUUGAUUUAUAGAAAAGACAAGUCAGAAAGAUGGUGGGUCUUAUUUUCAGGAAUUUUGCAUAUGUUACUUGUUAGAACAAAUCAAGUUCACUGUUUAAAGAUUGUGGUACCUUUUUGUGGUGCCGUUACCUUACAAACUUCCCAUUGUGUAUUUAAAGUAGUUUCUCUCUUUCAAA